AUGGCUUCCAAGGCAGCAGCUGCUCGUGACAUCCCCCAGGCCUCCUUGAACCGAGACAACUUGACUGUUGUAGCGGAUCGGAGCGACCCGGCGACUGUGGCACGAUCUCACAACCUCCCGACUCCUCCCAACUCCAUCUCCCCUGCGCUUCCCGCUCACGGUCUAAAGGCCCAGCUUCAGAAGGCGGCCAAGCUCGAGCCCAUCGACUCCGACUUGGACCUCCACGAAGACGCCCGCGACCCCAAGCGCUCCGUCUCCCCGCAUCACGAUGCGUCCGGUACCAUCACCAGCGCCAUGCUGGCUACGUAUCACCUCCCAGAGAUCCUGCUCAAUCACGGGCCUCUCGCGAUACGACACAUAAUCGGAUACCUGACGACGUCUGUCCCCGGCUUCUCCGGCAUCCCUCCGAGCAAGGCCCGCAGGCUGGUCGUGAGUGCCCUCGAGAGCCGCCGAGACGGCGCGCACGGCGAUAGCGAAGUGGAUUUUGAAAAGGUCGGCUGGGGACGGUGGAACGCCCGACGCAGAGGACUGCCAGGACGUGACCGCGAGGCCACGCCCCCCGAGACCCUGCCCGGCGGCGGCAUCCCCAUCUCCAGAAAUGCCCUGAGAGCCCAGGAGAGGGCCAGGGCAAACAAGUUUGGUUCCAGUGGCGAGUCCUUCCACUUCUCCCACGAUGACCACAACGACAUCCCCAUGAUGGAGGACGAGGCUGACAAGAUGUCCAUGGACGGCUACGAGUCGGCUUCAUGCUCCGAGGCCCCCGACGACGAUGUCAUCAUGAAUGACGACCCCGAGGACGUCACCGACGACGAGGACUGGGCCGCCAUGGGAGCCGCCGCUCUGCGUGCCGAGUCCUACCCCAACAUGGCCGCUGCCCUGUCCAGUCCCAACCUGCCCAUCCCGCACACUUAUAGUGCGACGGGCAUGCGUGCCUUUUCCGGCCGGUCCGGCAUGGCUCGUCCCCCUCAAUCCCUCUUCGACAUGACUGCGCUCGCCGGUGCCUCUGGCGCUCAGGAGCGUGAGGCUGUCGAGGCUCUUCUACGACUCGGUUCUGUAUAA